AUGGGAAUGAGAGCAAGUAAGUUGGGAAAGUUGAUUGGAGCUACAGGAUCACUAAAACGACGUCGACUAAGAGGGUCUCCAAUUCCAUUGACACCAAGAGGUUAUGUGCCGAUUUGUGUUGGAAUAGAAGAUGAGUUAACUAAGCGAUUUAUGGUCCGAACGGCCUUGUUUGGCGAUGCCCAUUUCUCAGAGUUGCUCUAUAGAUCGGCUGAGGAAUAUGGCUUUUCUAAUGAUGGGGUUUUGAGGAUCCCUUGUGGAGCAAAGGAUUUUGAGGAUUGGAUUACCAAACACUCCUCUAAGUCCAAACUCUUCAGGGUUAAACCCAUUUGA